AUGGAUACCCCAAAGCUUGACGAUAUCUCGUCGCCCGAUGCAACCAUUUACGAUCAAGAUGUUUUCCCAGAUGCAAUAAUACACGAAGACGACGUGAACAAUCACGACAUGCGUCGUAAAUUUACUGUAUGGUCAAUACUGGGUGAAGGUUUCUCUAUCACAAAUUCAUGGUUUGGAAUUUCCAGUGCCUUCAUCACAGGUAUCGACUCCGGUGGUCCUGCUCUCUUUGUGUAUGGGAUACCCCUCGUCGCACUUGUGAGUAUAUGUAUCGGAUGCUCGUUGUCGGAACUGGCAAGUGCAAUGCCAAAUGCUGCAGGACAACAUUUUUGGGCUAUGGAAUUAGCACCCAAAAGAUAUGCAAGGCCUUUGUCAUUUGUGACUGGGUAUUGUGCAUGGGCUGGAUCUCUAUUUGCGUCUGCGAGUGUAUCUUUGGCAGUUGCAUCAGCAGCAGUUGGAUGCUGGCAAUUAAACCAUUCAGAUUUUGUCGUUCAUGAAUGGCAUGUUUUUAUUGCAUACCAAGUGAUCAAUCUCUUUGCCUUUCUUUUCAAUUGUUAUGGCAAAGUAAUUCCGACACUUGGGACAGUCACUCUUUACACAUCUUUAAUAUCAUUCGCGGUUAUCCUCAUUGCCGUGCCAUCGGAAGCCCCGACGCAUCAAAACCUAAAAUUUGUCUUCGCAACAUUCAUAAACAAUACUGGCUGGUCAAACAAUGGCAUUGCCUUCAUUGUUGGUCUCGUAAACACAAAUUGGGCAUUUUCUUGCCUUGAUAGUGCUGUACAUCUAGCAGAAGAAGUUUAUCAACCAGAAAUAGUGAUUCCAAUCUCUAUCAUGGCUACCAUUGCAAUUGGCUUUACGACUGCGUGGUUUUUUGUCGUUGCGAUGUUCUUCAGUCUCAAUAAUUUUGAUACCAUUGUUGGAACUCUGACAAGAGUACCGAUUCUGGAAUUGUUCUACCAGUCCGUUGGCAACAGAUCUGCCGCAAUUCUUCUUGAGUCUCUCAUCAUGGCAACUGGUAUCGGUUGUCUUAUUGCAUGCCACACAUGGCAAUCGCGGCUCUGCUGGACUUUUGCUCGAGAUGGAGGUAUUCCAUUCCACAGGUCUCUAGCCAAGAUCAGUGUGAAAUUGGACGUUCCAUUGCGAGCACAUGCCAUGAGUACGACAGUCGUUGCUAUACUCGGGUUUCUUUAUUUGAUAUCUACAACUGCAUUCAACAGUAUGAUUACUGGAUGUAUUGUCCUGCCGUAUUUGUCCUAUACCAUCCCCCUCCUUUGCCUUCUGAAAAAGGGCCGUGAUGAGAUCUCACACGGACCCUUUUGGCUUGGUAGUUUUGGUCUCUUUGCCAACAUUGUAACAAUCUUCUGGACAUUGUUUGCGCUUAUAAUGUACUCAUUUCCAACACAUCUUCCAGUGACCGCAUCCAAUAUGAAUUAUAUCAGCGUCAUUUACUGCAUCUUAGCUUGUAUCAUCAGCAUUGAUUGGUUCUCGCGAGGCAGACUACAGUAUCGACGUAAAUUCUACGAGGGAUCACGAGUAGAGUAUGAGAGUGAAGAGGCACUUUUACGGCACGAAUCUUCCUAA